AUGAUUUCAUCAUCAAGUAGAGGAAGUUUGAGUAGUGUUAGUAGCAAUGAUACUACACAUCAACCAUUUGUUGUGGAUGAGGACUUUUUAAAGGAUAUUGAAAAGCAUUAUAGUAAAUCAUUGAAGAGUAAAUCUUUCCAAUAUAUUGUUGGUGUUGAUGUAGGUGCAACUAAUACAAGAAUUGCCAUCCAAUUUAUUGUUAAUGAUGAGGAUGAUGAAGUAUUCAUGACUAAAUUCCCAUGUAAUACUGCUACCAACUUGGCAGAACAUCUUACAUUUUAUGGUAAAGCUUUGGUUAAAAUUGUUAAACAAGGAAGUGCUGCUGGUACUAUUGCUCUUGCAGGUCCAGUUACUGGAGAAAAGGUUAGAAUUACAAACUACAAGGAAAAUGAUCAGGAAUUUUACUAUUCUCAACUCACUGAUACUCUCUUCCCUGCUCAUAAGAAUACCUUGUUGAAUGAUCUUGAAGCCAGUUGUUAUGGUAUUAUUAAUGUUGGCACCAAUAAUCGUCUCCAUGAAUUCUUCUGUCCAUAUGAUAGUGCUAAUAAUUUUGCAACACCACAAACAGUAAGACUUUCCGAUACUAGUGAAUAUGCUGUUUUGGCUAUGGGAACUGGUUUGGGAACUGGAUUGAUUGUUGGAGCUUCUGGAGGUAAAUUUAAUGUUAUUCCAUUGGAAGCUGGUCACGUUCAUGUUGCUACUCCUGGUACUAAUUCAUGUGAUUUCCACGAAGAUCGUGAAAGAAUUGAAUUCCUUAGUCAAAAGAUUUAUAGUGGUAUUUACCCAAUUGAAUAUGAGGAUAUUUGUAGUGGAAGAGGUUUGGAAUAUUGUUAUGAAUUUGAAAUUAGAAAUAUUCCCAAUGCUCAAAGAAAGAAUGCUGCUCAAAUUGCUGAAUCUUACUCAACUGAUGUACAUUCAAGAGAUGCCAUGAUUACACACUAUCGUUACUUGAUGCAAGCUGCUCAAAAUAUUGCUAUUUUGAUUCCAACUUGUCGUGGUGUCUUCCUUGCUGGUGACAAUCAAGUAUACAAUGAAGAUUUCUUUAAGGAACACAUUAAUAUCCUCCAAAAGGAACUCUUCAUAACUCACCAAAAGAAAAACUGGUUGACAGACUUGAAACCAUACAGACAAAUGAAGGAAUAUAACUUUAAUGUUAAGGGUUGUCUUCAAAAGGCUAAGGAACUAGCCCAUCUUGAUGUUACUCAUGUCACUACCAAUACCUCUCCAGCUAAGAACAGCUUUAAGGAUGCUCUUUCUGUUGUUAUACCAGCUGCCUUCUUCUCUGUACUUUCCUUCUUCACUGCUAAGAAUAUGUAUGAAAAGUAAAUCUAUUUUACACUUUUUUCUGACUCGGAUUUCUCAGCUUCUUGUUCAUCUAUCGUCUUGAUUAGUAAGGACCUAUCAUGUUCAAAGAGAAGCACCAAAAGCACUGUUCUUCCAAGGCAAUACAGAACACCAAGCACAAAUAUCACUAAAAACAUAGCAAAAGCCACAAAGAAACCAGUGGAUGUAGUAAAAACAAAGGAAUCAUCAGUCUUGAUUAUCUUUGCUGCCUUCUCUGUAACUCUCUGCCAAACAUGAAGCACUAGGAAAACUAUGGAACCAAUCAGAGAAAUUAAUGAUAUAAAUACAGAAAAGCCAAUAUGCGCAAAGAAGUUUUUCCUCUCUCUCUUGAUCUUAUCCAAAGUAUGCUCUUCUUGAAUUUCAUAAUCAUCAACUUCCUCAAUUUCCACCGGGGCUAAACUACCCUUCCUUCCUCUAUUUCCAACUUUAAUUUCUAUUACAUCAUUUGAUGAGUCUUGAGAGGAACGCACCAUUGAGAUUUUCUUCGUCAUCUUGUUGGUUUAAAAAGUUUAUAACAAAAAGGUGGUUGUAUGUUGUCCUUUUUUC